AGCAACAAGCUGGUUAGGUUAGUGCUCUUGUUGUUGAGCUAAAUUUCCUCUCUUUUCAGUGUCUGCAGAAGCAUGAUUAUUUUAAUUGGUAGAAAAAAAAGUGUAAUGAGAAUGCACAGUGGAGGGUGUAGUUUCUUUUAGCGAAAUCACACAUUUCUUAAUAGUGAAGCCGCGAAGUACAGAUAGGAAAGAAACCAAAAAAGCUGUUAGAUGUCAUUAUCAAAGGCUUAAAAAGGUGUGGGUAGAAGAGAUGGCCAUUGAGAGUUACCUCUCUAUCAUCCAUGACCUUAAUCAUAGCAUAGCAUCCAUGUAGAGUUAUUAAACAAGUUGAAGAGUGAGUAUAUAUUAGAAAGGAGAAAGUUGAGGGGUUGGUUAAACUCCAAAGAGAUGAGUUGGGGUUCGUGACAAGGCCUUAUACAUAUGCAUUUGUGGGGCUAUAAAAAAAGACCAAAAGAUCUUUAAUCUCUUCUCUGAGCACACUCUGCCUCGCUUUGCAGAAGCAUCAACAAGCCCUCAUAGGCCACAGUUUGUGAUUUUACCCUCCCAGUACAACCACUUCAAGUCAUUGAAAGUUGAAAUAGUCCUGCAUAUAUGCUUACUCUUCACAAAACUUACGUAAAGCAACUCCAACUCCAAUUCCAACAGUCUACUAAUUUACUCUGUCCUUUUACUCCCUUGUGUGUAGAUAAAAGCCAGACACGUUUUGUUUUUUUGGGAUCAGCAGCAGUGGCAGCAUCCUCAGUAGCUGCAGCUCAACAAUUAACCACAGUUAAGAGUGACAGGAACCAAAACCAAAACCAAAGAGUACCAAGUACCAUCCUCAACAAAACCUAAUAGAAGAGUAAAUAGAAAAGGAAUCUGAAUCUGAGGCCCCCUAUUGACACAAGAAUAAAAAAAAGUAGAACAAAUUUUGAGCAUAUAAAGUGUGUCAUCAAGUUGUGCAAGGCUAAGUAUGGUGCAGAAGGCACAAUAGAAGGAGGUGGGGAAUGGGAAUGAAGAGCACAGGGGGAGAGAUUGUUCAAGUCCAAGGAGGGCACAUUGUUAGGUCCACAGGUAGAAAAGAUAGGCAUAGCAAAGUUUACACUGCAAAGGGUCCUCGUGAUCGCAGGGUUAGGCUUUCAGCACACACAGCCAUUCAGUUCUAUGAUGUUCAAGAUCGUUUAGGCUAUGACAGACCAAGCAAGGCUGUGGACUGGCUCAUCAAGAAGGCCAAGAAUGCCAUUGACAAGCUCGCUGAGCUUCCUCCAUGGCAACCUACUCCCAACACUGCAGAUGCUGAGAACAACAAUGCAGGGUCAAGUGACAUGGCCAUUGCAGAACAAUCAGAGUCUUCUGGCUACAAUUUUCAGCUGCAAAGGCAACUAGGUGAGGACCAUGAUAAUAACCACCACCACUCACCUUUCAUUCCUUCUCCUAUUGACACUGAUGCAAUAGCCUUCUUUCCCACAACCACUGCCACCUCCUCCAUCAACUUCCAAACCUACCCUCCUGACAUAAUCUCAAGAACCAACAACUCCACUGAGGAUCUUGGCCUCUCCCUUCACUCCUUCCAAGACCCUGGCUUGAUUCAUGGCCAGCCCCAAGCAGGUGCAAACCAAACACCUUCCAAUGACCAAAACCAAACCCUCUUCUCUGGCUCAACUCAAGUGGGGUUUGAGGCCAAUUACCCCAGGAUUGUGGCUUGGAACAAUGAUGCAAGUACUGCAGAUAUGAACAGAACCGGCUUCAUGGUCAAUUCACAAGCACUUCUAAGCCAAGGUGGUUCUAAUGCAUAUUCCCAAAGGGGGACCCUUCAGUCCAGUUUCUCACCAUCACUUCGUCCUUGGAGUGACAUUCCCAUGGCUUCCUCAGAACAUCAUCACAAGUCACAACCAAUUCAACAGGCUUCCAUCUUUGGCAGCAGGUUCCUCUCUGAUGCAUUGCCAGGGUUCUGCAUUCCUGCUAGAAUUCAAGGUGAGGAUGGAGUUGCUGGGGACAAGCCUUCCUCUUCGUCUCCUAAUUCUCAUCACUGACCACAAACAUGCCUCACAAUGCUGCAAUGUUCCUUGUCUAUCAGGAGCAUUGUCUACCAGAGUUGAAAACGUGGGAGGAUUAAGAUGGACACAUUUUGAUGAUCUACACGAUUUGUCUGGUUGGAUUCGGCUCUUUUACUUAUGGGUGUGCUUUAUAUAUUUUUUAAGGAAAAUAUUUAAAGUGGGUUCACUACUUCCCUCGAAUCAACACUCCUUGAUAUAUUUAUGUAUUAUGCACGUUAUAUCUACAUGAUACUUUGCUCAAUUUAUAUAUGGCUUUAAGCUGGAUUCCGUGGUUUGUAACCGUUAUUGUCGAGAAUAGCAUUGUUGGUUCAUCCGAUAUCAAGUGAUCAGAAGAAGUUUCAUGUGGAUUCUCGGUGAACCCCACUUCAAGAAAAACUCAAAUCUAGUAUGAUUUUGAUUUAUUUAGUUAUUCUCCUCUGUAGUAGAAAGAGAUUUUGCUUUCCUUUUUUCCCCAACUACAUUUAAAGGAGCACUUUAGUAGUCAAACACUUUCUUAGCAAUGUAGUUCUGCGUCUGCUUCAAUUUCAAGUAACACCAUCGAGAAGGAUGGCCAGUAAUUUCUUAUGUAAUAGGCUUAGGUAAUUUAUUAUGUCAAAUAAUUGUAACGAUUUAGUCUUUCAUUUAAAAAGAGUCCCCACUUUAGUGUUUAUAUUUUAU